UGUUUAAGGAAUUGCCCCAGAAGGCAAGAUGGCGACCCGGCUUACGGCUAGACGCUCCUCCCAGCAUGCUUAGCGGCCGGCCCGGAGCCGAGUGAUGGGGAUCCGGUAAGACCGGCGCAGCCGCGGGCCCGGGCGUUGGGCGCUCCCAGAGAACCAAGAUGGAGACGUGGCGCUGUGUGAGGAGGGGCUACGGCCGCUGUGUGGCGGGGCGAGGCCGGUACUCCAUGUUUCCCUAUCCUCUAAAGAGUCUGGGUGGAGACUGGACGACACCGUGGGAGGAUCUGCAGAAAUAUUGCUGGCGCAGACACAUCUCCAGUUGUCUGAGGUGGCCAGGACAUUACUCACGUGCGCCUUACCCGUACUUGAGUAGCAGGCAUUUCUCCUUGAACUGUAGACCACCUUUUCUGUUUGACUCUGGAACACAGUUUCAGUACUAUAAUUGGAGACCUGAGCAACUGGGCAACACAUCCUGGAUCCAUCUCUCUCGCUACGUCAUGAACUCUGAGAGAGAUGAACCCUCAUCUAAACGAAGAAAACAUCAAGGAACAAUAAAAAGGAACUGGGAGUAUUUAUGUAGCCAUAAUAAAGAAAAUAUGAAGAACCUGGAAGACAGAAAUGUUGACUCCACGUGUGAGGACCAUGAAGAUAAGUUUGACUUCUCAGUGAUGUCUUAUAACAUCCUCUCACAGGAUUUACUGGAGGAUAACUCGCACCUCUACAGACAUUGCCGACGCCCAGUGUUACACUGGAGUUUUCGGUUUCCCAAUAUUUUAAAAGAAAUCAAACAUUUUGAUGCAGAUGUGCUUUGCCUGCAGGAAGUUCAAGAAGAUCAUUAUGGGACAGAGAUCAGGCCAAGUCUGGAAUCACUGGGUUAUCACUGUGAAUAUAAGAUGAAAACAGGAAGGAAGCCUGACGGCUGUGCCAUCUGCUUUAAACAUUCCAAGUUUUCGCUCUUAUCUGUGAACCCAGUGGAGUUCUGCCGCCGUGAUAUUCCUCUGCUGGACAGAGACAACAUUGGAUUAGUUUUACUCCUGCAGCCCAAGAUCCCACGUGCUGCCUCUCCAUCCAUCUGCAUAGCUAACACACAUCUGUUGUAUAAUCCACGCCGCGGUGAUAUUAAGCUGACCCAGCUGGCAAUGCUGCUAGCAGAGAUUUCCAGUGUGGCCCAUCACAAAGAUGGCAGCUCCUGUCCCAUUGUCAUGUGUGGUGACUUUAAUUCUGUUCCUGGUUCUCCACUCUAUAGUUUCAUAAAGGAAGGAAAAUUAAAUUAUGAAGGUCUUGCAAUUGGAAAAGUAUCUGGCCAGGAACAGUCUUCACGGGGACAAAGAAUUUUAUCUAUUCCAAUUUGGCCCCCAAACCUAGGCAUCUCUCAGAACUGUGUUUAUGAGGCACAGCAGGUUCCCAAAGUAGAAAAGACAGACAGUGAUGUGAGUCCAGCACAGCAGGAGAAAGCGGAGGUCCCAGGGUCAGCUGACAAAGUGUCCUCGCAUCUACAGCAUGGCUUCAGCUUGUCAUCUGUCUAUUCCCAUUAUGUUCCUGACACUGGAGUUCCAGAGGUGACCACCUGCCAUUCCCGAAGUGCCAUAACUGUGGAUUAUAUUUUCUACACUGCAGAGAAGGACGACAGUGCUCGGGGGCCAGGAGCUGAAGCUGCUUUGGUUGGUGGCUUGAAACUUCUGGCUAGACUGUCACUUCUCACAGAACAAGACUUG